AAACAGUAUUGUUACAACGAGCAAGUGCCAAGUUAAGUUCUGUGAAAAAUAAUACGAAAAAAAAUGAAUUCAAAGCAAAUAAUUUUUGGUGUAGCUUUAAUAGCUUUCUGCUGUAUUUCGCUAAGCUACUCCCUCAAAUGUUACGUUUGUGAUAAUAAAGAGAACUGUAAACAUGCCCAAUUAAAUGAAUGUAAUCCCAGUUUGGCAAAUAAUACUCGUUCUUAUUUGCAAAAAUUUCACACUGGUGUAAAUCCAAAUGCUACUUCACACUUCUAUGAAUGUUUCAGAGAAAACAUCCAAACUACUAAUGGCGAAUAUUAUUACAAGAGUUGCGUUUAUUCCUAUUUAGAUAGUUGCACACUACCUUUGUCGCCUUACAUUUCAUCAAUCACAAAGAAACAUGACUGUAAACAGUGUAGAGAUAACGGUUGCAAUCCAGCCGGCCGUGUUGGUGUAGAUGUGAUGGCCGGUUUUGCUACAAUUAUUGUGGCGUUUAUUUUGCGUUAUGUUUGGCAUUAAGUUAUUUUCGUAUAAAUUGUUUUAAUAAUUGUGGUAUUUUUAAAGUUUUAAUUUGUUUUAACUAAUAAUAUGUACCUAUA